AUGAUAUACGCACUUAUCAGUGCUGUGUUGGCUGUAGCAGCCGCGCAGCAAAACAUCAAGGACCCGGUGGACGACUUCUGUCGACGACACAGACAGCAAACAUGUGUAAUCGACUCAAAAUUGUACAUCGAUGGAGGCAUGGUUUACUAUGGCGGCAGCAAGAGUAACGACAGUGUACCGGAACAAAACACUUGGCUCCUGUGGGAGGACACUGCGGAUGUCAAGAAUGACCUAGCGUUCCCGUACCAGCAUGCGAACCUGACGAAGGAAGCAACUGUCCCCUCGGUGAGCGGCGGCGUCCUCUGGCCGGACACGGCGAACAAACUCUUCUACCUCUUCGGAGGCGAAUAUCCGAGUACCGAUGACCUUCGAACACGAGAUACGCAAGGGUUUACACUGUGGUUCUACGACACCAUCUAUAAUACUUGGAAUCGUUCUGCAUCCGAUGCAUCGCAGGCCAGCAUCAAUUGGCCGGCUUUCGGCGCCGGUACGGUGACGGACGAGGGUGUUGCAUACUACUAUGGAGGGUACCUGACGGAGAAGUCGGACUCCAGCUGGCGCGGCGGUGACUUCAUGCUGAAUAAUUUGAUAUCGUAUGAUAUGAACACUCGUCGGUGGAACAACAAUACUUGGGAUCAGACACGUCGGGCUGAAGGAUCACUUCAUUAUAUCCCUGCUUCCGAAGGAGGGAUGCUAGAUUACUUCGGUGGCGUGGAGACAAAUAGCACUGGUGGUGAAAUUACCUAUGCAAACAUGCGUAACGUCCAUCUUUUUGACCUCGCCAAUAGCAGGUGGUACACUCAAACGGCCACUGGAGACGUACCUAAAGCAAGACGCGGUUUCUGUGCCGGCGUCGUCUGGGCGGAGGAUCAAUCCUCCUAUAACAUCUACCUCUUCGGUGGGCUUGGAUCGGACGGGGCCGGCCUCGGUGAUCUAUACGUAUUGUCAAUACCCUCAUUCCAAUGGACCCUGAUAUGGCCAACGCCACAAUGGGCCACUUUCCCUGGAGGCAGAGGCCGGUCGUCGUGUGACGUCUUCAACGGCAAUCAGAUGAUGAUCAUCGGCGGCGAUUUCACCAACAGCUCGAUUUCGGACUGUGACGUUCCAAAGAUCGGCGGACAGCAUGCUUUGUUACUGGGACAGGAGAACGUGGAACUCGAUACAUGGUGGCACGCGCCCUUGGACAAUAUUACAGGGUAUCGUGUGCCUGACCAGCUCGUGGAGAAGAUUGGUGGCGAGUAA